AUGCCACCAGUGGUCUCUUCACAAUCUCCAAGUCCAGAAAAGACUACUGGAGGCGUACAGCUCUACAUGGAACUCUAUUCCACAUCAGAUGUGACUAGAAUCUGGUUCAGUGAUGGAUUUCAGCCCAAGCAGCUGUGGUUUGAGGUCAAUACCAAUGUAGUGGCACUGAGGGUUUACAGCAAGACCAGUCAGAAAGGAACUAACAGCUGCUCAGAGCGGAACGGAGGCUGCAGUCAGCUGUGCCUGGCCUACCCAGAGGGGCGUAGCUGCCGAUGUGGACGUGGUUACCAACCUGUCGACACCAAAACGUGUAGCCCCUUCCCCUCCCUCCAGUGUCCAGAGGGCAGCAGGGCCUGUAGCGACGGCAGCAGGUGCCUCCCCCUCACAAAGUUCUGUAACCACCAAACCGACUGCCUCGACCAUUCAGACGAGAUCAAAUGUUGGUCUGGAGUGAAGCCCCAAGAUGUCAGCCAUAGUAAACCUUCCCUGGGGCAUGCUGAGAGCACCGUCCCCCCUAGCCAGGACUGGUCUGGGAGGACCACCUCCGGGGGGGUAGAGGUGCAGAAGCUGGACUCUGAGUCAUGUGAUGCCCAGCAGUGUAAUGGACAUGGGAAAUGUGUGACAAGGGGUGGAGAAACCACCUGCCAGUGUGUUCUGGGAUACCAUGGUGUGUUCUGUGAGGAGGGUGAGGGUCCAGGGGUCAGUAAUGCCCCCCUCGCUUUAGGCAUCCUCAGCCUCAUUGGUGGAGUCCUCAUCGCUGCUGUCAUCAUCAGGAAGAGCAGAGCAAGAGCUGCAGCUCGGGGCCAGUCCACAGACAAGGAGACUCUGAUGACCAAUAUGGAUGAAGAGACAGUCUACGCUGUGUCUUUCAACAACGAUCUGUAUGAUCCUGACCAGGAUUUGAUCUCGUCUGCUGAUGGGACAUCUCAACAUCUGUAAAUGUUGUCUUUUCUCUUCUGCUCUGAAAUAAAGUCUAGGAUGUUGAA